AUGGCCCCUGCCAACGUGAACCUGAGGGCCACCGUCUUCUGUCUGUUAGCCUGGGCUAACCUGGCCACCAGUGACCGGGUGUAUAUCCACCCCUUCCACUUCCUUACCUACAACAAGAGCAGCUGUGAGGACCUGGAGAUAGCCCAUGAAGAGGGAACCCCAGUCCCAACCUUCAUCCCUGUUCCGAUUCAGGCCAAGACAUCCUCUGUGGAUGAGGAGGCCCUGAGAAUCCAACUGGCAUCAGCAGUCAAUAAACUGGAGGAGAUUGACAGGGUGAGGGCCCUGGGGGUUGGGACACUGAUCAACUUGAAGGGCCUGCAUGUGUACACUGUGCUGAGCAAGACGUGGCACAAAGCCCAUGUGUUCUCCCCAGUAGCUCUCUUUGGCACUCUGGCCUCUUUCUACCUAGGGGCAUUGGACCCCACAGCCAGCAAAUUACAGACAUUUCUGGGUGUCCCUUUAGACACCCAGAGCUGCACUUCCCGACUGGAUGGACAUAAGGUCCUCUCUGCCCUACAGACCAUCCAGGGCUUUCUUGUGGACCAGGACAGGAAAUACGAUGAUGUCCAGCUGCUCCUGUCCACAGUCGUGGGCCUUUUCACAGCUCCCAGCCUGUCCCUGAAGCAGCCAUUCGUGGAAGGCCUGGCUCCCUUUGCCCUCGUCACUCUUCCACGCUCCUUAGAUUUGUCCACAAACCCAGAUCUCGCUGCUGAGAAGAUCAAGAGAUUCAUCAAGGCCGUGACAGGGUGGAAAAUAAGCAUACCCCUGGCAGGAAUCAGCCCAGACAGCACUCUGCUUUUCAACACCUUUGUCCACUUCCAAGGGACUUUGAAGGGACUGUCCCUGCUGGCGGAGCCCCAGGAGUUCUGGGUGGACAACACCACCACAGUGUCUGUGCCCAUGCUCUCAGGCACUGGCAUCUUCCAGCACUGGAACGAUGCCAGCAACAACUUCUCUGUGACCCGAGUGCCCUUCAGCGAGAAUGCCUGCCUACUACUGAUCCAGCCCCAGGAUGCCUCAGACCUAGAGAAAGUUGAGGCCCAUACUCUCCAGGUUGACUUCCUGACGCGCAAGAAGAAUGUGGCUCCUCGGGUCAUACGCCUGACCAUGCCCCAUCUGGUGCUGGAGGACUCCUAUGACCUGCAGGACCUGCUUACCCAGGCUAAGCUGCCUACUCUGCUGGGCCCUGAUGCACACUUGGGCAAAAUAAGCGACACCAACAUUAGAGUUGGAAAGGUACUGACUAGCAUCCUUUUUGAACUCAAAGUGGAUGAAGGCAAGCAGCCCUCAGAGUCAGCCCAGCAGCCUGGAGAGCCUGAAGCCUUGGAGGUGACCCUCAAUAGCCCAUUCCUGUUUGUAGUCUAUGAGCAGCAAGCAGCCACUGCCCACAUCCUGGGCCGUGUGACCAACCCACAGUGCAGGGCUUUGCUUUGUGCUGGAGAGAAGUCAUUUCUCCCUGAUAGAAGAGAUGCUGUGUAUAAUGAGCCUCAGGUGAUACCCCAGGCUUCCCAAGGUGGUCAGUUGGAUUGA